AUGGUGAAAUCUAUAAAUGGUGAAUUACAUUUACGUAUAUCCAAAUAUUUUCACAACAAAAUCAGCAUCCAUUUUAAAAAUGUAAUUAAAAUCCAAAACUAUUUUUUUCCUUUUUUUUUUUUUCCUUUUUUCCUUUUUUCUUUUUUCUUUUCUUUCCUUUUUUUUAUUUUUUUCCUUUUUCAUUUUUUUCACUUUUUUCUUUUUUUACUUUUUUGCCUUUUUUUUUUUUUUCCGUUUUUCUUUUUUUUGCCUUUUUCCUUUUUUAUUUUUUCCUUUUUUUUCCUUUUUUUCCUUUUUUCUUUUUACCCUUUUUUCUUUUUUUACCUUUUUUCUUUUUGUUUUUUUUUUCCUUUUUUCUUUUUUUCUUUUUCUCCAUUUUUCUUUUUUGUUUAUUUUUUUCAUUUUUCCUUUUUUCCUGUUUUUUUCCUUUUUAGAAAGAAACCAAUAUAUAAAUUAUAA